GUGUAAUCGCAGGUAACUUUCUUACGAUAGCCUUCCGCUGGACGACCUAGUGCUCGUAGCGCUCUUGCAUUUUGAGGAUUGCGGAUAGAGUACACACAACUGAGCUUCGGCAUUAGACGUUUUCGUCGCUUUGGCCGUCGGAAGACGUUAAAGCUGUAUUUUUUUUCUCCGUAAAAACACCCCGUCUCUCAAAGGCGUUUGAAAUCGGACACCGCUGGCAUUGAGGCCCUCACUUUUGUGCGGAGGGAUACGUUGUUGCGUCUGACAAUGUGGACGGAGGUGGUGAAGAUGUCUACGAGAAGAAUGAAAUCAUCUCAGUUGUAACAACAAAAAAGGAAGACGCGAGAUUAGUUACUAUAAUAGAUUUGUUUGCACUCAGACUUGUAACAUUGAGGCAAACACGUGGGCGCAAGUGUGAAAAGCAGGCUUACCGGGACAAAAGGAAGACAUCUACGGUGCUCCAAUGCGUUUCAUGCACUGAGGUCGAAAUUCUCUUGAAGUUUUAUGUUUUUCCCCUAGCGAGUCUCCGCUUUUCUUUUUACUGUUGGAUAUCAGACACUUGGAGAGGAGAGGGUUUAUUAGAGACUGAAGGGUAUGAACGAACAGCAGCAAAGAAUGGCUGCAGUGGGAACUGACAAGGAACUCAGCGACCUUCUGGAUUUCAGCGCGAUGUUCGCGCCUCCAGUAGCAAACGGGAAGAACAGGACAAUGACACUCGCCAGCACUCAGUUUGGUGGAUCAGCAAUAGACGAGCGCAGCGGCUCUGGGUCUUGGGGCUCAGCAGAACAGAACAGCCCCUCUUUCAGCCAAGGACGGGGCUAUGGCGAAGGAUCCCACUACAGCGAGCAUGAAGGCUUGUCCUCUCCAUUCAUCAGUUCAGGGGUUGCAGGUAAAAAUGAGAGGCCACCGUACCCUCCCUUUGGAAGCCAGCCUGGUUUUCUUCCUAGCGACAUAGCGAUGCCCAGCCCAGAUGCCAUGUCCCCCUCUGGCCUGAAAUCAGGCUCCCAGUUUUACCCAUCGUACACCAACAACCCCAGGAGAAGGCCGCCUGAUGGAGGCAUAGAAACUCAGCCAAAGAAGAUUCGGAAACCCCCUGGCCUGCCGUCCUCGGUGUAUGCUUCCACAUCUGGUGAUGAGUAUGCCAGAGACAAUGGAGGAUAUCCUGGUACAAAGCCCGGAGCUGUCUACCCUGGCUCUUUCUAUAUGCAAGGUAACAUUGCUCUUAAUAUCACUGGAAUCAAUUUGCUCUGCGAUACAAUUUGUGGAGGUGUUUUCAUAUUUGAAAAUGUGUCUCCGCUUUCCUCAGAAGACCCCUGGUCGUCUUCUGGCUACUCUGCCAUGCUGGGUAACACUCCACACAUUGGACAGCCAGGCUCCUUCUCCGCAAUUAACCCACAGGACAGGAUGAACUAUCCUCUGCACGGCAGCGAAGUCAACGGCUUCCACUCAGCCCCCACCACCUACAACCACACACCCACUAUCAAUGGGGAAGGCAUUAUGGCCAACCGAGGCACCACAGCUGGCAGUUCAGGAGAUGAAAUUGGGAAGGCUCUUGCCUCAAUUUACCCGUCGGACCACAACAGUAAUAACUUCUCCUCAGCUCCAUCUACUCCUGGAUCUCCUCAGGCUAUCGCAGGAGCUCAGUCUCAGUGGCAAAGACCAACCACACCCAACUAUGAAGGGCCACCACAUGCACUGCAGAGUAAAAUGGAAGACCGUUUGGAGGAGGCAAUUCAUGUACUGCGUAGCCAUGCUGUGGGCCAGGGUCCUGGCUUAGAGGGCGCCCCCGACAUGCACAGCCUGCUGUCCGCAGUACACAACGGGGGCCUCGGGGGCCUUUCUCCGGCUUUCCCCAAUGCAAGCCUCGCCCUCAGCAACAGACAUCCUGCUAUGCAGGGAGGGAAACACGAGGAGCCCACAGGCCUUCCUCCCAGCAGCACUCUUCUGCACGGUCAUCACGCAUCCGGACCCACACCACCAGUCGGCCAACCAGAAGGCUUCACCAGUCUCCCUGGUGGUUUGGCCCGCUCCACACACUCCACCAGCAGCUCAGACAUUAAAAGAGAAGACAAAGAGGAUGAUGAAAACUCAUCUGUUGCAGACAAAUCCGAAGACGAAAAGAAGGAGAGCAAGGCAGCACGCAGUCGAAGAAAGGAGGCGUUGACCCUCCAGAUGCUCUCUAGCCUUUCAGACCAGAAAGAUGAUCCGGAGGAAGAUGACGAGGACCUUCCCCCUGAGGUGAAGAUGGAGCGCGAGAAGGAGCGGCGAGUGGCUAACAAUGCCCGCGAGCGCCUCAGAGUACGGGACAUCAACGAGGCAUUUAAGGAGCUUGGGAGGAUGUGCCAGCUGCACCUCAGCCAUGACAAACCUCAGACCAAACUUCUCAUCCUGCACCAAGCUGUCAAUGUCAUCCUCAAUUUAGAACAGCAAGUCAGAGAGCGUAACCUUAACCCCAAGGCAGCAUGUUUAAAACGCCGUGAGGAGGAGAAAGUGUCUGGGGUGGUGGGUGAUGCACCCAUGCAGCUCUCAGGAGGCCAUCCAAGUCUGGGAGGAGAUGGCCACAACCCAGUUGGCCACAUGUAACACCAGAUCCGGUGGUGUUUCCUUGGCUGUCAGAGGAUGUGGCCUUAACAGAUUUCUUCCACCCAUUAUUCUCAGUGUGUGUGUGUAUAUGUGGACAUGUCUGUGUAUUGUCCGUUCAAGUUUCAAGAUGCACAUUCACACACUCGUACACACAUGCAUACUGCCAAAACUGACACAGCCUGUUUGUCGCACUCCCAACCAUGACUACAAGCUCAAAUGUGAAGAACUUUUUUUUAGUUUUGCUUUGUUUUAUACAUGUAAAAAAAAAAAAUUCUUCUUCUUGGUUUCCACAAGAUGAUGGAACACCGGAGUACUUUUUGUCCUGCCACAAAUUGGGACUUCACACACUGCCGAGAGGUGCUCUUGUGAAAGAAAGGAGACCUAAACAAACACAAAUUGAAUCGAGGAUUUGUGCCUAAUUGUUACAUGUUUUCUAUUUGACAUUUAAGCAAAUUGCUUUACAUGUGAGGAACAUUUAUUGUGAGGGAUUGCUUAUGUGUAUGAGCAAUUAUUUUUUAAUGUAUGUCAUUCCCAGCGUGAUGGUACAGUCUUACAUAUGUUAUGUAACCAAGCCCAUAGUUGAAGUUGAAUUGUCUAAAUUCAGUGACUUUUCCGUGAUCUUAUCUGCAAACGUUUGGGCGUGAGGCGAUGGAAAGGUCAAAGUCUCGACAGUUCAAAAGCAGCUUAUGAAAGACGGGAACUCUGAGCGAGAGGCAGGCUCUGACUGCAGCCCGCUCUCGUCCCAAAGGCAUCUGGAGACUUGGAAUAGAAGACUCCUUCCUUGAAGGUUAUGAAUUAUCCAAGUGUAGAGUCUGUCAACGACAAAACCGUUCUUCCUAUUUGUUGACCACAAAUUCUAGUGUUACUCAAGUAAUCCCUUGUCAUAGGUUCAGGUUUUUGUACUGCUUUAUGUACUAAAGCAAACUUAGAGACGAGACAAAGCACAGUUGUAACAGCUGAAAGUUAAGUGUCGACCUGUUGAGCAUUACAGUCCCUGAAAGUCUUGCAUCAAAGCCAUUUGAGAGACUCACCUAAAAUGGUUUACUUACAAUGCCAGCAGACUUAACAGCUCAACUUUCCCCCCCUUAAUUGAUGUUCUGUAAAAGACAAAAAAAUCUGGGUUCCUUUUGAUGAAGGGAUCUCAUCAGUGCGCAGUUGUUUGACGCAGACGAGCCUCUGUGUAACGGAGGCUUUCUUUUCCUAAACGAGCAUUCCCACUGAAUUACAGCCCCUCACCUUCCUCCUGAGUAAGUCUGUUCUCACGUUUCUUACCGAGAGAAGUGUGACGUGUAAAUUCACUUCAUACAUUACUCUGAUAUGUUUCAUUUUUCAAAAUUAAAUAUAUAUAAAAAUAUAUAUUUUUUGUUAGUCUAUACAUUGUAGAUUUUUUACAUAAAUGGCAAUAUUAGUUUGAAGUUUAGAGUGUAUUGUAGAUGAGCUGAAUAAGGGGGAUAUUUGACAUUUAAAUGAAAUCGUUCAAGAAUUAAUUCAAAAUUGAACCGGGGACGGCAGAGGAAAAGGGUCAACAGAUGAUGAGUGAAAAAGCAUUUGGUCUAUCCUUUAUUCCAGUUUUAGUUGUAAGGCGUAUCAUCAGCUACCCAGAUGAAUUCUUUUCUUUCCAUUUGGGGGUAUUGUGGACAGAGUUUGUGCCACAGUCCUGUUGAAGUGUUCUUACUUUAGCGGUGAGGCACUGAGGAAAAAUGUGGGAAGAUUUUUGUCUCUAACAGUAAUUAUGCAACUGGUUUUUGAAUGUAGCUACCAUACAAAUGUGGAUCACCUUCAUUGUCAAAUUUGUGUUCCUGGGUUUUUGUCAGUACAGUAUACUAGUUUUCAUUUCACCUUUUUUCUAAUGUUUGCCCGCAACAAGUGGCUCUCAGUGUGCAGCUCACUUUUUAGUAGCCUGCACAUUUAUUUCAGAGGCAGACGUCGGUAUUUGGGUGUACGGUAAUGGAUAAUACGGAGAACAAAACAGUGUUAUUGUGAUGUUAUUCCCAUGUCAUGUCAUGUUGUGAAUGAUUUUUACCAACAUGUAAUCACAAGUGGGAGGUAGAGCAUUUUGUGUGUUUAAUUUCUACGAAAAGAGAUGAAGAAAAAGACCUAUACAAAUCAAUAGUGUGGCCUUUUCAUUCUCAAGACUUAAGAAGAUGACAUGAUGGGAGAGUGAUACCUUAUCAGUGCCUGAACUUGUAUUUUUCAUUUGAGACAGUUUUAUUUUGUGAACCAUAUCAUUUCAUUUAUCAUGGAGAUUAAAGAGGUACUUGUUCAUUCCCCCACCCUCCCUUCUCCUAAUGCUUUUUUCAAUUUUCAGGAAGAAGUUUAAAUGGUAUAAAGAGAUUUUCUUUCAGUGUAUCUAGUUAAAUAAAUAAAUGUUACGUAGAUCUUGUUUAGUUUUUAUUCCCUUUUUUUCUAAUUGUUCAACUGGAUUAUAUUGUCCAAACUGCUGUUUUUAGUUAAGGUCAUGGGUCCAGGUCAUGAGUUUUCUUUCUAUCUGCCCUAUUUUGCUAUAUCACCUGACAUGACAGGGUUCAAGAGAUGCUGCUUUUGGCUCUGAUUGUCUGCUUUUGAUGCACAUUAACAUGUUUCAGUGUAUGUGUUGCUUCAAUCUCAAUGUAGGGAGUGAGUUUUAUUUUUCCCGUCGUAGCUGGAACCUCUAAUGACUUGGAGCAUUUUAAAUUUCUGUAUAUCAGAGUGCAAGCCGUUUGCUGCAGUGACUUUCAGUAUACUUAGUCUCCAGUGACUAUUUUCACCUUUGACCUUUCACUCUUCCAGCUCUCUGAUGCCGUUGACAGUGACUCUUUGUGAGAAGUCCUAAUCACUUCUCUCAAAAAGUUGUAUUUGAAGUUUUUCUUUUUAUUAUUACAAGAUCAAUAAUUGUACUGAAUAUUUGUUCCAAGAGGAAAAUCCGACUUGAUGUCAUUUAGCAUUCUGUGAGCAUCCCAUUAGCUGACGAGCUACAUGCUCAGAUUAUUUGUUUGGGGAGGGGGAACCUUAUUUCUUAACACGAGUCUUGACUUAGUUUGAAAUCUGCAGAGAAGCAACCCAGCCACUGCAGGAGCACAUGAUGUCAACCGAAAAUUACAAUAUAAUGAUGGAAAAUGUUAAGUUGACGGGCUUGAACUUGUUUUGGUCUAAGAAAGCAGUAAUAAAACACUUGCUUUCAACAGUUUUGUCAUAUCUUUGUUGAACUAAAAAAGGGGGAGACUAUUGAGUGUUACAUACAUUCACAGGUACAGAGCCUGACAUCUUGGGAGUGAGGAUGCUGGCAACGCCUGCGGGGUCCUUGGAGCGCCUCACUCCAUCUCUCUCUCUCUCUUUUUUUAUAUAUAAAUAUAUAUAUAAAUAUAUAUAGUUGAGAACUGUCCUGUAUAUAACAGUAAUGUAGCAAUAAAUGUGCCAUUUUUAAUAACAGAUUAUACCUUUUCCAAUGUCUGGCUUUUGAAUAUUGUAUACAUAAAAAGGAAAAUAAAGGAAAACAUUGUAAUAAAGGGUU